UCUAAUACGUCACACCUCUAUCACUCCCUGUCAGGAACUUCUUGACAUGCAGGAAAGGACGUGCCACCUUGCAGUAGUAACCACACCACGUGACAGCCAUGCCCUUUGUCUCUUGGGUCUGGCACAGCUGGCUCAGUACGACAAUAACCCAAAUUCAGAAAGGUCAAAGGAAGCCAUAAGUGAUGCCUUUCUCAGCCUCCAGGCCAGCAUUAAGGUGGAACUCAAGACUCAGAUUGGAGAGCCACCUGAACAGCUGACCAAACAAAAGUGGUGGCAGGAAAAGGUGGAGGUUAAAACCAAGGAAGCUGCCAAGCAGUCCAUCACCCAACCAGCUGGUGUAAAGGAGCCUUGUGAAAUCAAAAUGGCAAAAAGAGGAGUGCAGCAGGGCAGGGGAGGUUCUAGGUGUGUAGCAGUAGCUGUAACCAAAGCACCAGCUCCAGCUCCCAUCAGGGGAGGGAAGGCUGUCCGGAAUCCAGCCAAAACCCCUGCAGCCAGGGGGAGUUCUGGAGCAGCUGCCAAGCCAGAUAGGGUGAAACUUUCUAGUAAUAGCGCUAAACCUCAGCUCCCGCUCAACAAGUCUAAACAUGACAGUUUCUCUGAUACUUUAAGGACAGCUGAGGUUGCUGUGACAGAAAAAAUCCAUGAGUCCAGUCUGAUGAACCGCAGAUCUCAUGCAGCAAGACUGGGUCUGGCUCGAGCUUACUCACGAUCUCCAAACACCCAGGACCAAGCAAUACAGCUAUACCAAGAGGUCAUCGCAAUGGCACCAGAGAUCCAUGAUGCCUACAUUGAGCUUGCGCAGCUGCUGGAGCCAUCCGACCCUAAGGCUGCUUUGGAUGUAUACUGCAAAUUCCCUUUGAAGCCUGUGGCUGAGCAAAACUUCGAGGAUGCCUUCAUCACAGGAGAGAUUGUGCGCAUACUGAUGUCUGAGGAGCAGUACGACCACCCACAGCUUGGCCCCAGCCUCAUAGCUUAUGGCAAAGUCAUGGGCCUAAGUUGCAUAGACAAUUACAUUCACAUUUUGGAUGGAAAGUCUAAGACCAAGCUGCUAAAGACCGUCUACGCGGGGAUCCACAACAGAAAAGAGGAUGAUGAGGAUCUGCAGAACUUCUUCAAGUUCAAGUGCUGGAUAUGAUGUUUUUG